AUGUUGGAUGAUCAUGUUAGAAAAUUUCUUCUCCACUAUGAGGUGGUCGAAGAAUUGGGGACAGGAUGUCAAGGAGUGUCAUAUAAGUUAAGAAAUCUACACAGUGCUGAAUUCUUUGUCCUUAAGAUGAUCGAAUGUAAAAGUGUAGAGCAUGCUUAUUUGUUGUUCGAUGAAUACAUAUUCCUACAAAAUUUUAGUCAUCCUUACGUAUCGAAAGUUGUCGAGGUUCGUGUUAUCAUGAACGCCAAAAUAUCAGCGAUAUACCUUUUAGUUCUUCGACGAUUUGUCGAUCUUCCAAGUGUCGAUUCCAUUAUUCAGGAAAACAUUGGAAGAAAUAAUAUCAAAUGGGAGUUAAUCUACAAAAUCUUGGGAAGCACACUGGAUGUCAUAUCUUUUCUUCUCAAGUUGAAUUAUGGGUCCAUUUAUUUGCACCCUAGAAAUAUUUUUGUCAACGAAACUUCAUUCUGCGUAACUGACGUUUGGGGUCCUAACCUUAUGAACUAUAUUCGUGGAACAGAUAUUUUUGUUCACUCCUUCGAGCACAUUAUAAAUCCUGAACUCUUGAAGGAUAUGCCAAUAAAGUGUCCACCGGAUGAAAUUCCUCAAAGGCGUCCACGUAGACAUAUUCAGUGGUGUGCUCCUGAAUUUAUUCGAUUUGAAGUCACUAGUAAUUCUGAUAUAUGGAGUUUGGGAUGUUUAAUUACAAUCUUAAUGCACAUCAAGUAUUUAUGCAAAGGUGAAGAGAUUGAAGCAGUCAAUUUAUUGAAAAUAAAAGAGGAUGCCUAUCAUUAUAAAUUAUCUGCAAAAGAAAUAGAGACACACAAAGAAUUGUUCACCAUUUUAUCAAAAAUGAUGAAGAUUAAUCCAAAUGAGCGUAUAACCUUUGAUGAUCUAUUGAAGGAACCAUUUAUUCAAACACUUCUAAGACAUACAAAUCCACAGUUGAUCAUGAGAGUUAAAAGAUGCAUUGUUACAGAAGCUGACAGACCAUUUCCAAUCAAUGAUUCUAUGGAAGUUAAAUUGAUAUAUCUUACUACCAAUUGGAAACAUGAAAAUUGUGUACAAAAAGCUUUAUAUUGGUUUACUGAAUACAUUAAUAUGGAUAAAAAUGUUAAACUAUCAUCUGAAUUACUAUUUCUAUUAUUUCAAAUAAUGAGUUUACAUCAGUUCAAUGUGUCAAUUGUUAUCUAUUGUUUAACUAUACUAGUUUAUAUUGUUGAAACUGAACAAAUCGAGGGUUUUUUAACUGAAACACAAUAUUUCUACAUUGAUGAUACUGUUAAAUUGUCAAAUAUUUCAUCAAAUGAAAACAAUAUUUGGAAGAUAAAUGAUUUAAAUACUGUUUUAUUAAUUAUGAAGAAAUAUCUUCAUCAUUUAACUAUACAAAAUUUAGGAUUAAAAUUUCUCUAUCAACUUAUUUAUCCUAAACAUUUCACUAUCAAUAUGAAUAUGAUACAGAAUUAUUUAAAAAUAUACAAGAAUAUAUUUAAAAAACUUCAAAAAAUUAAUUUAUCUUAUCAUAUUUUAGAAAUGUUGAAUUCUUCUUCUAAAGAUCUCAUUAAAAUAGCAAUGCAUUACCUAUGGAAAUUUUGUAUUUACGAACCUAUUGCUCAGGAGAUAGCAGAACGAGGUGUAUUGUUAAUAACUGUACAGUUUAUGCAGUCUAAUCAAUCUGAUUGUGAAAUUUUUACUAAUGGUUCACUGGUGAUUGUAUCACUUCUACGUAUUGAUCUAGCAGUUAAGCAUAUUAUGGAAUACAACAGUUUAAUUCCAAUGUUAUUACAAGGGCUUCUGAAUUUUAAAGAUUUUCCAAACACAAUCUGGAAUAUAUGUUUAUGCUUACAAGUUGUAUUACAUUUAUCAGAGGAAUUCGCUUUACAAUUUAUCAAUAAACAAAAAGGAAUCGCUACAAUGGAUUGUGGCUUUGAUAUUUUAUAUUCGAUUUAUAAAAUCCAUUAUAAUAAUACCUUAGUCAUUGAAGCAUUAUUGAAACCAAUCAAAUCUGUUGUUCAGUAUGAUUUUUUAGUUACUGGUGAUUUCUCAACCUUAGAGUUAUUACUUACAUCAAUUAUGAAAAGUGAAGACGCAGAUCUGGAUCUUGUUGACAGUGCAAGGUGUAUACUGGCUAAACUUCAGACGCUUAAUAUCUGA